CGGGACACAGCGGAUCACCGUUAAAUGGAAAGAGCCGAUGACGGCAGCUCUGUCAUGUGAUCAGCUGUGUCCAAUCACAGCUGAUCACAUGGCACUGAUGAUCAGUGUGCCCUGAUGAUCAAUGUAACUCCUUCAGUACCACCCGUCAGUGUCCAUCAAUGCCACCUAUCAGUGCCCAUCAGUGCCACAUCAAUGCCACAUAUCAGUGCCUACCAGUGCACAUCAAUGCCACAUAUCAGUACCCAUCUGAGCUACCUUUCAGUGCCAAUAAGUGCCACCUAUCAGUGCUGCCAAUCAGUGCCACCUAUCAGUGCCAGUCAGUGCCGCCUAUCUGUGCCAGUCAGUGCCAGCUAUCAGUGCCAUUCAGUGCCACCUAUC